ACUACAAAUAUAGAUUUAUAUAUACAUGCACGCCCUUAAUCCUAUGAACAGAUGUACAGACAAAAUACAACAAUUUUAAUCCAUCUAUGGCAUCCAAAAGAGAUUUGGUUGUAUGAUUAAUAUCCUACUGCUGUGUUUGAGCCGACGUGAUGAAAACGCGUAUCUUUGGCUUGGUCCAGACGUGGAAAAGGGCAUCUCAGAAGGAGGACGUGGAAACGGGACCUUGACUCCACUAGUAGUCACCAGUCCAAGUCACCGUCCAGGUCAACAUUCGCCACCCAUGGUGAUGUCGACGUGGCGACGUAGUCAACCAUCGCCCGCCAAAAUUCCGUUGACUCCAUCGACGACUCGCUCCUCCUCCUCUCCCUCUUCCUCCCAAGAUCCAAUCAGGAGCUCCAAAAAAUCAUCACGCUGCCGGCCACGCCCGCCAUGGAAGGUCCCGUGUUUGCGCUGAUCGCCGUCGCCGGAGCCUCCAUCGCCGUCGCGGUACCCUGCCUCCUCGUCGCCUUCUUCUGCCGCCAGAGCCGAAGGAACCUCAAGCCGUACUGCCGCCGCCGCGGCUGCUCGUCCCCGUCGGGGCCGGCGCUCCCCGUCUCCGCGCCGGACUCCUCGUCGUGGUCCUUCUACGGCUCCGCCGCCGACGCCUGCCUCGAGAAGCUCUCCCUCUCCGACCUCGCCGCCGCCACGGGAGGGUUCUCACCGGACAACAUCAUCGGCGACGGGAGCUUCGGGUUCGUCUAUCGCGCCGUGCUCCCGAGCGGCACCGCGGUCGCGGUCAAGCGGCUCUCCGGCGACGGCGCCGCGGGAGCCGGCAACCGCGAGUUCCUCGCAGAGCUGGAGGUGCUCGGCAGCCUCAGCCACCCGAACCUGGCGCGCCUGCUCGGGUACUGCGCCGCCGGCCGCGACCGCAUCCUCGUCUACGAGCUCCUGGAGCGCGGCAGCCUCGACGCGUGGCUCCACGGCGGCGAUGCCGAGGAAGGCGGCGGCGGCGAGGCGCUUCCCUGGCCUGCGCGACUCCGCGUCGCGCGUGGCGCCGCGGCGGCGCUCGCGUUCCUGCACCACGGCCGGCGCCCGCCCGUGCUGCACCGCGACGUCAAGUCUAGCAACGUCCUGCUCGGUGAGGGGUUCGAGGCCAAGCUCGCCGACUUCGGCCUCGCCAGGAUCGUCAGGGGAAGCCCUGCCAAGUCGCACGUCAGCACGCAGGCCGCCGGCACCGCCGGGUAUGUGGCUCCCGAGAUAUGGCUCGGCGUGGGUGCGACGGCAAAGGCAGAUGUGUACAGCUUUGGCGUGGUGAUAAUUGAGAUGGUAACAGGUCAGCGGCCAAGUUGGCCAGUAAAGGCGAAAAUCGGAGAGGAGGAGGUCGAUAUGGUGGAUUGGGCGAGGGAGAAGAUAGGUGCAGGUCAGGCAUCAGAGAUCCUUGAUCCGCGGAUGGGCAUCGGCGCGCAAGCCAAGGAGAUGGACGAGGUGAAGGCACUCCUCGAAAUCGCGUGGCAGUGUACGGAUAGUGCACACAAGAAUCGGCCGACGAUGGAGGAGGUGGUGACAAUGUUGAACAAAAUCUGAGAAUGUGAAUUGUGAAAUGAAGCAUCUACCCACUGCAAUUCAUAUAGCCCACACAAACUGCAUGGUGAGUUAGACAUUAGAAGAAGCAGCUUGAAGCAUGUACGGUGAGUUAUUUGCAUGCUUUUGCUUUAGUUUGGCACAAAGUAAAAGGUCUGCCUGACAUGUGCUUGACCAAGGUUGAGAAAAAGAAAUAUUUUCUCUAGGAAUAAACUUUCGUAGUGUGCCAGGAUUUUGUACAAAUAUGUAUCAUCCUAUGUUGCUAAUAAGAGUAUCUCCAGCAGAUUACCAAUACCCUUUCA